CUUGCUACUUCUUGCUCUUACUUCGCCCUCUCUUCCUCUCCUCUCCUCUCCUCUCCUCUCCUCUCUUCCCUUUUAUUGAUUUCCAAACCAUCUCCUCUCAUCUCCUCUCGUCUCCCCUCUCUUCCCCUCUCCACUCUAGCCAUACGAUGAGAUCGGGCUUUGCUUAUCUCUCCAAUUGUUGUCUGUGCUUGCACACUCUCCCUCGCGUCCAAUCCCCGACUGGGAAAGGCCCGUUACUACUUUGAGGUGCGGAGUUAAACAGAGUCAACGCUUAAUCUCCACACCUGCACAACCUCGAUAUCUUUCCUCCAUACCUCGACUACUUACUUCUCCUUCCGGUCACAAUGAAUUUCCGUGAGAAGGUUCGACGAGUGUUCCGUCGGAGCAGCAGCUCCUCUUCAUCCAAAUCCAAAGGGCACGGGAUUAAGAUCGAGUAUUACAAGCGCCAUGAGAUUCCUCGCUCCAAAUUCAAGGGUCCCUUCGAUCGCGAACACCAACGGCGCCUCGCAGCAUGGUCUUUCCAAGGGACGCAAGAAGAGCGACGCCGGUCUUUAGAUUUAUCGCUGUCCCCUUGUACAUCAUUGCCGGACUACCUGAGACCUCAAUGUUACGAGGAAGACCUGGCCCCGGAUCAGAUCCCAACGACGGCCCCGGAGGUAGUGACGACUGCUUCGAUUUCCGUGGACCAUGAUGAGUACGCUCAAGGCCGCCAGGGAGACAGCAGCGGCUCGACCUCUUCGACGGCCGUGGAUCCAGAGAGCUACAGCGAGUCCCUGAUGACUCUCCUUCCGGAACUCGAGCAGGAGGACCCGAUCGCCCUACUGAAGGAAACCAUCCGGUACACCUCUCCGGUUGUACGGGCCAUAUCGCCGCCUCCAAUGUCACCCAAGGGCGCUUGCAUGCCCUUUGCCCCCGAGGAUCUGACACGAGCGUUGAACGCCGUGCAGAUCUGCUACUAGAACUUCUAUUUAUCCUAAUAACCGCAUCGACUUCCGGCAAGAUCUUCGCUUCUCGUCACGUGAGCCAUUCACCCAAUGAGCGCCCGCCAUCCCGACGAUCCAUCCAUUUGUUUUUCCACUACAACCUGCUACACCUAGACGGAGCACAGCCUCUAUUACCGAC